AAAAUUUUAAGACUUACGAUAAGAUGUGAGAAAAUUUCGGAAUUCAAAUUUGAAUUUUUACAAAGUUCAAAAUAUUUCUUUGCUAUUACGACACGUGAAGUUGUUGUGGAAAUUAAAGAAAAAGACAAAAAAUAUGUUUCACUAUCUUGUUUCGCUGAUGAUUUUUCUUUUAAAGGAAACUCAUGCACAUGCAAAUGUCAAUGUGGUUGAGCUUCCAAACAAUGUAACAUUAACAGCUACAUACGCAAGUUUUAAAAAACAUGAAAAUGUCACAAUUUAUGGAGUUGAAAUUAAAAUUUUAAAAGUACAAACGAAAUUUCAAUGUGCAUCAGAAUGCAUCAAAACAGAAAAAUGUAACACAAUUGCUAUAGGAAAGAAUACACCACCACCAUUUUAUUGUGGAUUGUUCAAAGGAAAUCUUGAUACCAAUCAUUACUACGCCAUGGAUGAUACCGACUUUGAUGUUUAUGAAACACAGAGCAUGUGUACGUUGAAUCCAUUGAUAUGUGAACAUGGAAGUGUGUGUAUUCCAAACUUCAACAACAACACCUACUAUUGCCAAUGGUGUUUUCCGCCUUACUAUGGUAAACAUUGCAAUUUGACAGAUAUAAAGGUGACCAAAGAUGCCAUACCAGAAGAUAUUCGAACUGGAAAAAACGCGUCUUGCCGGAGUUUGAAAAAAUUUUUUGGUCCACCAAAAUCGUAUGCUCCUGUAGUCACGUACCCUUGGCGGGAUAACAGGAAACUGGUUGUAAUUUGUAAAUCAGAUGGUUCCCAACAAGUAGGCCACAUAACGGCAAACCAGGAUGGCAUCGAAGGAGUUUCAACCCUCAUGAAGCUUUCAGAUAUGAACACUUCAACUUAUAGAAUCAGCACAACAGCAUUAAACAUGCUUUAUAAACUCAUUCGUUUUAAACGUGUUCAGUUCAUUUGCCGUUACAAUGGAACUGCGAAAGCCUUUAAAACAUCGCCCAUUCCUUCUACAAAUGUGGUAAGUAUGUUAAAGUAUUUUAUAGGUGAAUCAAAUGAUUUGCCUGAUUCGUGCGGGACGUUCUUCCAGUACGAAAGUUGCCAAAACAUGAAAAAUCAAAAAUGGUCGAAAGAAGGUAUCCCAUUUGAAUCAAGAAUAUACAAUCAGAUUUUUGUAUUUGACUCAAAUGUACCAGAAGGAUUUAGUAUGGCAGAUGAUCAAUAUGGAUGCCAUAGUAAAUUUGGUGAAUACAAAGCUGGUGAUGCUUAUGGCAUUUGGGUAAAUUAAAAUAAGCUCAAGCCAAAUUACAAAAUUAUUGUUAAUAUUAUUUGGAUUUUUCAUUGCACAAAAACAUACUUAUCGCUAACAUUUCGAAGCUAAAAAAGUUAUUGUACGAAUGUAUCGAUAUCUUUUGCGUCAGGUACCAUGACAAGGAUCAUUUGGGAGUAUUUAACUUCAUGAAAAUUUAAAGCUUGAAAAAAAUAACUCCAUUUUUUACUAUUUUUAUUUAAAAUAUAUAUUCUGUGCACAAAUAUUUGUUAAGUAAUUAUCAAGCAUUAUCGAACACUAUUGAUUAUUAUUAUCAUUAUCGGCAUUAUCGAGCGUUGCUGUAAGGGAUAGCUUUUCAACAUUUAUAGAGAAAAGUUUUAUUCAGAAAAUUAAAAGCAGUGCUUUGAUCGUUUCAGAGAGUUUAUUUUUAUUUCAUUUUUCCUUGUCAGCCAUUUUUGUAGCCUUUACCAGCACGAAGGUAAUCUGACCCUCCAUUUUCUAAACGUGUUAUUUGCUGUGCGAAUACAUAAGGUUGGCCUAUUUAAGUUGUAUCGCUUUAUGUGGAAAAUAUACGUAAGGUACUAUCGAUUUUUAAGGUAUAUGUUAUGAUUUAUUAUUUAUUUAAAGCUAAUAUUGUGAGAAAAAAAAUGCACUAUUUAUUGCUCGAAA